AUGGCAAUGUAUGUCGGACCUGAGGACUGCUGUGGGUCUGGUAGUCCGUGUGUUGUAGAAAGGGUUUUCAAAGGAUCAGAUGGGGUUGAAGUUCAGAAAAGGCAAGUUUGGGUAAGGACUGGUAACCGAAACACCGUUUGCAAAACAAAAGAUCUCACUGAUCUAUACCAAUGGUUUUCAGGACAGUUUCCUAAACAGUCUGUCAAAGAAGGAACAAAACUUGAGAACAUGCAGUCAGUGCGAAAUGCCGGGACAAACACACAACCUUCAAUUAUAAGCAAGACGAAAUAUGCUGAUGAGAGUUCAAGUUCCGAUGAAGAACCACUUUGUUCUUCCGGAGAUUCUUUUAGCUUCUUUUGGGAUGCUGUUAAGGGUUUCAAAAAAGGUCAUUUCAUUCUGCUUGCAGGAAAUAUUCAGUGUGAAAAAAAGCAUUUGGAAGCAUUGUCAAAGGCACCAUGGAUAUGUGUUUAUGACUUUGAUAUAUUUAGCUACUCUGACGGCUUACUAAAUGCUCUAAUGGACUCUUUAACAGUUGAACGCCACUUAUCUAUAAGUUGUUGGAAUGACACUGCGGAAAAUAUAUCUGAGAGGGGAACACGAUGGUGUUUUAUGAGAGGAAGGCGAGAAAUGAGUGAUUCGCGAACAGACUUGAAGAAUGACGAGAUUGAAGAGGUAAACUCUUGGUUUAAGACCGUCAAGAAACGACUGCAGAAUUACUGUGAAAAGGUUGUCAAUUUUGCUGAGGAUUACACGGUUCCAACUAUUGUAUUUAUUUGGCCGGAAGAGGAAAGACUUGUGCCUUUUAUGGUAAAAUUUUUGCUCUGCCUGGAUGAUACCUUAACGAGCACACCAAAUAUCGUCCUGUGUAUGAAUAGACAACCUGUAACCAAAAUUGGGCGUCAUAAAUACGAACUUCUUUGUGAAGAUUUUUCAAACAACAUAAGUUUAUGCAAUUUGCGGUACGAACAGAUGUGCAUCGGAAUAAGAAAUCUUUCUGCUGUAAGAACAACUGAUGGCCUGUGCUAUGACCUUCCUAAAAAUGAGCGUUUUGAAUUACCAACCAUAACAGAAACAGAUGCAACUUGGCUUAAAGAAGAUUUUGAAGUUCUUUUCCUGAACAAUCCAUACGACACUGCAAACAUAUCCAAGGAGGAAAUCCAAGAAGAAGUGAAUAAUUUUUUUAAAGGGGGGACAUUACCAUGGUAUGCAUGGUACAAUAGAGAGGCAGAAAGCUCGGUCAUCGAUCGCGACAUUCAAAAAAAUUUGGGGGAAAAAAUCAGCAAACUUUUAGACGAAUAUAGAACCAGCAUAAUUACUCUUUUUCAUGCUCCUGGUUCAGGUGGAACAACACUGGCGCAGAAAACAUUGUGGCAUUUUCACAGAAAAGUACCUUGCGUUCAUCUCAAACUGCGUACUGUUUCCCUUCUAGAUGAACUAGAUAGGAAAGUCUCCUUUCUUCACGAUCGAACAGAUCUGCCCGUACUCCUUUUGGUUGACGGAGAAGAAGAGUCUAAAGUUCGGAGACUUUCAAGACGUUUGAAGUAUACUGUUAUCUUGUACAUAAAACGUUAUCCGUACAAAAUCCCAGUUUCAAACAUAGCAUACGAUCGUGUAUACCUUUCGGGUAAGGUAUCAUCAACUGAAUCACUCGGGUUAGAAACAAAACUUGGUGACAUGUGUGGUGAUAGUGGUAAAAAAAGGAGGUUGCACAUAUUAACAGAUGAUAUAAAGAAUGGGAAAUCAAAUCACUGUAUGUAUGAAUAUGGGAUGACAGUAUAUCUACAUGAAUUUAAGGGAAUCGUGUCUUACGUAGAAGGAUAUCUUGAGCUGUAUAACAAUCCAGGCAAGGAGUUGACAGCAAGCCAGAAAUGUUUAGGAUAUCUUGCUCUUGUUUACUACUAUGGACAAACAUGUGUCCCAUGUCAGUUCUUUUCAGCUCUUUUCAAUAAAGCGCCCAAUUUCAAUAUGACAUUGGAAGAUUUUCCAGCGCCGAUACAAGAGUUUGUCGUGUACGAUAAGAAUGAGGGAAAGAGAAACAACAUUCGGAUAUGCCAUUAUAUUGUUGCCAAAGAAAUUCUAGAGCAGAUAUUAUCGAGACAUAUAUCUGUUACGCCUGAUAGAACAGAUACACUAGGAAUGAUUGCAUGUAGAAAUCUGUCAAAAUUUUGUAUGGAUUUCAUUGAAUAUGCUAGUAGUAAGAAAACAAAGGUCAGUGCACUUUCUACAACAAUCAGGUUCAUCUUGACGAAAACAUUCAUUUUUCGAGACGAAAAAGACAUGGGUGAUAACGAAGAACAGGUUCGCAAGCGACCAGUGUUGUCAAAACUGAUGAUAGAUAUUCCUGGCGGAAAACCCCUUUUUACUGAAAGGCUUAAGGUUUUAAAGAAACUGACUGAGUCAUUCCCAGAUGAUCCUAACUAUUUUGCUCAUCUUGGUCGAUUCCAUGCUUUCUGUAGACCAGACGAAGACAACGAGGCAGAAAAAUGCUUUAGAAAAGCUAUAAAAAUAUGUGAGGAUCAAGUUAAAGGCAAACGAGAAGAUGAAAUAGACGAAGGAAUGAAAUUAACAAUGAUGCACAUAUACCACAUGUAUGGUAUUGUCAAACAGAGAUAUAUAUCAAAAUACACUGGCCGAUCUUAUAAUGAAAAGGUAGUUGCUUUUAACGAGGCGUUCAUCUUUCGUGAAAGAAUUGAAGAACUUAUACCUGUCGCUGAAAUAGCUUGUGAAUAUUUCAAAAAGUCUCGGGAUAUAACACCUGAUAACCAUGAUGUGUACACAUACGCAUACACAGGUGAAAUACAGCUUCGAUUACAAAUCUGUGACUUUGUUAAUCGCCAUUUUAGAAAUGAAAAUGCUGCAAAUCAGAUUUUAGAAUUUUUACACUCUAAAUCAGAUCAUCGAGGAAAGUUGUUUGUUAAGCGAAGCAUAUCUGUUAUAGAGAAUUUAAUUCUCGAGUGCUACAUGGAUAUUGAUCUAAGGGAUAGUGAUAUGAGGACUUUGCGCCAUUAUGUGAUUUGGUACAACACACUUUUCAGAAAGCAGGUUAUUCCGCUGAUAGAAAGUUCUGAAGAUAAUGUUAGUAUGAGAAGAUUAAAGAUUGCUGCAAAAAAACUUAAGUAUGGUAAAUCUUGUACUCUUAGUGGCGUUGAAACUAUAGAUGACGAAACGGAAGUAGAAGAAAUUGUCUCAUUAUAUGAAGCAAACUUCAAUGACAUACAAGAGUAUGGUUUCCAAGACGGUGAUGGAAAAAAAGAGCUAGAGAGAGACUACAGAGACUGGAUUUAUGCUGUAAGACAUGAGAAAUUCAAAAAAGAUUAUUCUCUUGAAGAGGUUCUAAGUCACGUUCAGGUUUGGAAUGAAAAAGUAAGGUCUCCUAUUUCGACCUUUUACCUCUUUAUCUUGAAAAGUCUUUUAGGCUUUGGUACCGAGUAUUUAACAGGCAAGACUGAAUGUUUGAUAGAAGCUUUGGAUUGUAAAGAACAGCUUAUAAAGAUGAAUCAUUUAGUUAUUCGUCCCAAGUAUCCAAGGGAAUGGCUAGGUAACGAAGGGAAUGGUAUUAAACGUCUUAAAUCAGGUAACCGUCACGUUGGGAUAAGUUCAGAAGAUAGAGAUUUUGCCAGCAAUAGAAUAGAUCUCGCUUUUUGUAAAGGAACCAUUUGCCGACCAAACACCAACAAAGUUAACGGAAUGAUAGCACUCGAUCUUGGCGUUAACACCGCAGAAGUCCGUGUUUACUUCAUUCCAAAGAUUGUAAGGCUAGAAGGUAGUCGUUUUGCCGAACAAAGAGUUGAGUUCAAUCUGGCGUUUUCAGUUCAACAUGGUUUUGAGGCUUACAAUGUGAAACUGUUAAAGCGUCAUGGUUGUCCUCAUUGUUCUAGGAAAGUUGAGUUUACUAGCAUGGAAUCCUAUCUUAGAUGUAAAUGUGGCAGGGAUUUAUACAAGGACGCAUUAAAUGAACUAAAGUAGAAAUGAAAAGUUGCUAUACGGUGGACAUCCUCAGCUUCAGCCCCUAACUAUAAUUUUUUUGACAUUAAUAUUUCAUAGGCAAGAAAAUGGAGUAAGAAGUAAUUUAUAUUUCAGCAAACGCAUACUAUCGGCUAGAAACAUAGCUUUUGUUUUUGUCUCUAACAAUAUUGGCACUUGUAGAAAUAACUUUUCAUUUCCGAAUAUUCACCCUUUCUUAAAGAUUUUGAUUUACUAACAAAUACGUCAUGAAAUAACGAAAAUAAUAUAAUGUUCUCCUGUAACAAUUUGUCAAAUGUAUUGAAACAUUUUUGAUA